CGGCUAUACACCAGACCCAGUGUCAGCUAGCACAGUCAUUAGCGUGCGGCGGCUCUAGUACCUGGGCGCCUUCACGCCGACUGGAACUGGUUUGGCGCAAUCAGCAAAUCUUGCUAGGUUGCUCUCGAGACCAACUGCUCGAGCGUUCCUCGGUACCUCUUGGGUGCUGGAGCCUGUGGUAUAAGAAACCCCCAGCUCCAGCCGUUCUCUUCUGUUUGUCCAAGAGUUAUCAUUACACACCCUCGUUCAACUCCAACUCCAUAUCCACCUGCUAUACCAAUCCAACUUUCGUCAGCCAACACUCCAACUUUCGUCAAUCAACCGCCAUCCAUCAAAAUGCAGUUCAAACUUGCCUUCGUUGCUUUCGCCGCCUGCGUUGCCGCUGUCAACGUCCAGCGUGCUAUCGACCCGUACGCAUCUGCCCUCUCUCUCCCAAAUCAAUUUGACUCGCAUACUGACUCGGUACACAGAGCCGUUCUCAACGAGCUGUCCCACGCCAUCCCCAAGCAGCUCCUCGAGCGUGCUGUCUCCGACCCAUCCGCCCUUGAGGCCGAGUUCGCCAACGGCAACCUUCCUCGCUGGUACCAGGAGCUCCCAGCUGAUGCUAAGAGGUCUCUCAAGGACCUCGGUGCUAAGAUCGUUGUCCGCCACGAUGCUGCCUCUUCCGCCUCUGGAUCCCCAUCAGGCUCUGGUUCAUCCGUGAUCCCCUCUGGCACUCCCACUGGCGGCUCACCAACUGGUGGUGCCCCUACCACCACUGGCGGCAGCGGUGCUCCUACCUCCACUGGUGGCGCCUCGUCCAACAUGGUUGGUGCUGGUGUUGCUGGUCUCGCUGCACUCGUCGGUAUGGUCGCUUUGUAAGCAGUUUCAUGGACGGCGUUGCUCUAACCGAGCAUUUGUAUGUAUUGGCUAUUGCGUGGUCUUUGGACGUCACGUGUGGACGGCAUAUAGCAGGUCUUGCAUAAUAUAUGGGUCAUGGUGUGAAUGGAUAGA